UGUUUUUUCGAAAGAGGAAGAUAAAGCUGCGUGAGUCUCUCAGCUAGCAAAGCAGUAUUGUUCAUCCAUGGAACUCAAUACAGCAAUUUCUCUAUCAAAAACUCUCUCUCUUCUCUCUCCAAUUUCACCAACUUCUUCAUCUCUCCCACCAUUCUCUCUCUCCCACCGUUGCCACCACUUCCGCCGCUGUAAUCUUAGCCGGAGUUUUUGUCUUCCACCGGCCGUACAAUUGUCCACAAGUAGAGAAGAUGAAGAUGAAAUGGUAGAUAUUGGAGGGUCUGAAUAUGAGGAAGAAGAUGAUUAUGCUGAAGAUGAAGAUACCCUUGAUGUUGAUUCACUAGAACGUGAAGCCCAACUUGUGGUUCGAGAAUUUUCCGACUCUUUGUCUCGACAAUUGAUUAUAGAAGAAGAGAGAUCUAGUCCAAAAGAAGCACAAGUAAAGGAGAAGAGACGUAAAAAUACUACCACAAAAAAUAUCCCUGAUCACCUUCUUCCUAAGGUGGCAAUUGUUGGAAGACCGAACGUUGGUAAAUCAGCACUAUUUAAUCGUCUUGUUGGGGGGAAGAAGGCCAUUGUGGUAGAUGAACCUGGGGUAACAAGGGAUCGCUUAUAUGGUAGAUCAUAUUGGGGAAACUAUGAAUUUAUGGUGGUCGAUACAGGAGGUGUGCUUACUAUUUCGAAAUCACAGACUGAUCUAGUGGAAGAAUUAGCUGUCUCAACAACAAUUGGAAUGGAGGGCAUUCCACUUGCUACCAGGGAGGCUGCUGUUGCUAAAAUGCCUACUAUGAUUGAGAAACAAGCUACUGUGGCUGUUGAAGAGUCAUCAGUCAUUAUAUUCCUCGUCGAUGGCCAGGCAGGUCUAAAUGCUGCUGAUGUGGAGAUAGCAGAUUGGCUACGCAAGCACUACUCAGACAAAUGCAUUAUUCUUGCUGUAAACAAGUGUGAAUCUCCGCGCAAAGGAAUCACACAAGCAUCAGAGUUUUGGUCUUUGGGGUUUGACCCCUUUCCGAUAUCUGCUUUAUCUGGAACUGGAACUGGAGAGCUUCUAGAUCUUGUUUGUGCAGGGAUAGAGAAAGUUGAGGGGACAGAAUAUCUUGAAGAAGAAAACUAUAUUCCUGCAAUCGCAAUUGUUGGCCGUCCAAAUGUUGGAAAAAGUAGUAUUUUGAAUGCUUUAGUCGGAGAGGACAGAACAAUUGUUAGUCCCGUUAGUGGAACUACUCGUGAUGCUAUUGAUACAGAAUUUACUGGACCUGAUGGGCAGAAGUUUCGGCUUAUAGAUACUGCUGGAAUAAGAAAAAAGACUGCAGUGGCUUCAUCGGGUAGCAUACCAGAGGCUUUAUCAGUAAAUCAAGCAUUCCGUGCGAUUCGGCGGUCAGAUGUUGUGGCUCUUGUUAUCGAGGCUAUGGCUUGCAUCACUGAACAGGAUUGCAAAAUUGCAGAAAGGAUAGAGAGAGAAGGGAAGGGUUGCCUCAUUGUUGUGAACAAGUGGGAUACGAUCCCAAACAAGAACCAAGAAACUACUAUAUUUUAUGAGGAAGAUGUUAGACGGAAGGUUCGUUCUCUGAGUUGGGCACCUAUUGUGUAUUCAACAGCUAUAGCUGGGCACAGUGUUGAAAAGAUCAUUGUCUCUGCUGCUGCGGUGGAAAAAGAGAGAUCAAGAAGAUUGACUACUGCGAUAUUGAAUCAAGUUGUUCGAGAAGCUGUUGCUUUUAAAGCACCUCCUAGGACUAGAGGUGGAAAAAGAGGGCGUGUUUAUUAUAGCACUCAGGCUGCUAUUCGACCGCCUUCAUUUGUCUUCUUUGUUAAUGAUGCAAAACUCUUUCCUGAGACAUACCGUCGUUACAUGGAAAAGCAACUGAGGACAAGUGCAGGGUUUGCAGGCACUCCAAUUCGGCUUUUGUGGCGCAGCAGGAGAAAAAUAGAAAAGAGUGCUGGCAAGGGUCCCUCAACAACAAUGCAAGACGACUUCACGGGCAUAGAGAAAAGUUUGGCGGUUCCAGCAUGAUAUCGUGGUACUAUUGAGGAAUGGAAUUAACUUGGAGAAUUAAGCAUCUGUAUGAAAAGAUGAUCAAGCUGUUACUUUCAUUGCCCAUUCUGGAAGAGCUGCCGAGUGUGUUUGAUCAGUAUAAUCCACAGCUCAAGUCCUAAUGAAAGGAAGUGGCACUCACUUUGAGUGGUCGCUCUAUGAUCAUUCGUGAUCAAAUGUGCUAGAAGAAGUGAAAUUCAAGCAGUGAUUCUCCCAAACUUUUGUUUGUUUGUCAAUUCAUUACUUAUAGGAAAAGAUGACGAUAACCAUGUGGAAGUGUGUGGGAGUAGUUGGUCAUGUUGUAGUACAGUAAGAUCUCGUUAUACUUUUAGAUGUCAAUUAACAUUUAUAUGGUAAUUGUUGUAUGAUGUUCCAGUCAACAGUAUACAAGCUAAAUCCAUAUGAACAGCAUAACAAUGCUCAGAUUAGCAUAUAUAGAGGAUAUGCAGAGAUUCAACCAAAA